AUGGAUAAAAGAGAGUUACUUAUAUACCCCGUUGAAGUGUGUGACAAGGACCGUGCUAACUUGAAACAAAAUGUACAAAAUCCAAACGUACAUUUGGUUCCCCAAACUGCCUCAAUGCUCAAUGCAAUUAGAACCCCUACACAUGCUGGCGUAAAUCAACAGGGUGAAGACGCCUACCACAACUUUGCCAUUAAAUCACCACCUACACCCUCCAAAAUAUAUGACUGUUGCACCUACAAUCAGCACAAUCAAAAUGAAAUAGAUCAACGCCAUGAUGGGAGCAAUGCACAUGUCUAUGAGUGCAAACCGUUUACAUUUAGUAAUCAAUCAUACGAUAUGAAUCCACUGAAUACACCGAAAAUGAGACAAGAUUCCUACGUCAAACCCGAUACAAACAAGUUCACUCACCCACAAUUUGACACUACUCCAAAACAUUCAAUUGGUGGCACACAUUUUAGCCGACAGUUUCCAGAUAUGGAUUUCGUAUCUAACGCUGUAUCACCACAUACCAUAGCAAAUUCAAAACAUUCAACUAGUUCGCACCAACAAAUUGCCAGAUCUCAACAUAAUUCUCUGCUCCAGCAGUAUGUGAACCAACAGGGCGGAUCUACCCCAAAAUUAACGCAUAAUUUAUCGGUGCCCGAGGAAUAUUCACUUAAUAAGGUUAGAAAUCAUUUUUACAUUGCAUUUGAUUUUAAAACAGAAGUAUUAUAUUACUUUAAAACCCUUUUCAGUUUAUUGACCAUAAUUUUAAACAAGAUAAUUACCUUACCAACAACUUGCUGUAUAUUGGUGGCUUUAAUACAAGUGCAUUCUUAUUAA